AUGAAUAAUUCAUCAGACACAUUAACUGCGAUUUCCAGUCCUGAUAAACAUACGAAACAGAGACAUACAGGUAUUUCGCGUAUAGACGCAUCAAAAUCACAUGAUACGUUACGAGUUCACACGUCAAAAAAUUCAACAAGUCAAAAAGAUGUUGUUGAUACUGAUGCUAAUAAUUCAUUAUCAAAAAGAUCAACAUCAUUAAAUACGGCAUCAGUUUUGGAACGUACACGUCCUGAUGAUAAAAGUGUUGAUAUCACUCAACGAUCAACAAAUGCGAUUCAUCGAGAUAAAAUUGAUAGCGAUGAUAACACAAUACAUAAUGAUAUUACAAAACGAUCAACAUACUUCAUUCAUGAUUUAAAAUGUGAACAAAAUAUUAUCAGCAGCGAUGAUAAUAAUGACAGUAAUAGUCGUAAUAAUGAUGAUUUGCGUGUAAUGUCAAUGGAUCUAAAAUCAUCAUCAUGUCAGUCAAAAUCGACAACAAUGCAUGCAGAUGAUGAUGAUAAUGAUGAUGAUGAUAAAGUAAAACGUAUUGAAGAGAAGCGUGGAAAAGUGACAAGCACACGAUUUCCAGGACGAAAAACGUUAGAUGAGUUGGAAAGACAAGAAAUAUGUCACUCAGCACAAAUUAAGAGAAAAAAUGAUUUGGAAAAUGUUGAAAUUUACAAUUUAUCAUCUGGUGAUCCAACUGAUUACACUGAAAAGCCAAGCCGAAAAAUCCCAUUUUGGGCUAAAAAACAAAAUUUACAACAAAUUCUUAUCAAACAACAAAAAUGGUCCAUCCAUGAUAUUGAUGCUCUAUUUGGUAAAAUUCAUCCGCCUGAUAUGCAAAAAAUGUUUGGUGAUAAGAUGCUAUCAGCAACGCGUAGCUCAUCAGCAAUCUGGGAGUCACCAAUUUGGAAUCCACGUGUCGGUUAUAGCGCUUAUCAUAUGACAUUUCAACAAAUUGAAAACGACAAUAACAUUCGACGAUCACAAAGAGCAAAAAAACUUGUCUCUUAUGUCACAUAUUUCUGA